GACCAAAAAAAACUUCGUGUGUUUAGUUACAAUGCGAGUAACCACGCGUGCAUUCGACAUCAAGUAUAUUUCUUUCUUUUUUUAUUGCCACAUGUAACGCACGUGUCGUCCGGUUCCUGGAACUGCAACAAUAUUAACCUUUCAUAUGCCAGAUAACUUAGAGUAAGGCCUAUGAAAAAUAAUCGAUACAAAAUAAAUAUCUGAGACGAACUUUACGCAAAAUAGACACGAUAUCGCACUAUUCCCCGCUAACUGUUUCAAUAUAAGUGAAAGGUAAACGAGGGAUCAAAUCGCACCCGCUCCGCUCCGAUCAUCCAUGACGUGUUUUCCACGCGCCAGCUCCAUGUUUUGACUACCACCGCCAACAGCAACACAGCGAACCCUGCCAAUACAUAGCCGUUGCGCUUGCAAUCCCCUCGGUGUUUUUCAACAAAAUGGCUGAUUUAGGGGAUGAUACCGGAGCGAGAGCCCUACUGGCCCUCAAAUCUGCGCCUUGUAGCCCGGUGCCCGUUUCUGUCCCGCCCGUGUACACUCUCUCCUCCUCGACUUCGACCGGGAUCACAUCAUCCAUGUCCCUCUCCGCUCCGUCGCAGGCCCUCGCUCGCCUGGAAGGCAGGGACUUCGAGUUCGCCAUGCGCCAGAGGACGGUCACCGUGGGGCGGAACUCGUCGCACGGAUCCGUGGAUGUCAACAUGGGCCACUCGAGCUUCAUUUCCAGGAGACAUCUGCAGAUCACCUUCGAGGAGCCGCAUUUCUACCUGCGCUGUCUCGGCAAGAACGGUGUGUUUGUCGACGGCGUUUUCCAGAGGAGAGGCGCCCCUCCACUUCUCCUGCCGAGGGAGUGCACAUUUCGAUUUCCCAGUACGGUGGUAAAGAUUCAGUUUACAGCGUUGUACCACAAGGAGACGCAGAAGGAGGAGGCUCCUGUGUCCCCCGUGAUACCCCUUUACCCUCAAAUCUCUCCAUUGAAAAUCAGCAUUCCAGAAAAUGACUUCAGAACUAUGAUGAGUCCCCUGCCUUCACCGACAGGAACUAUUAGCGUUCCCAAUUCCUGCCCAGCGAGCCCUCGGGGUGCAGGUUCCUCGGGAUAUCGUUACGGGCACAACAUCACCUCAGAUCUCCAGCUGGCAGCAGAGUACGCAGCCAAAGCUGUGUCAGAACAGCACUCUGAAGCCACAGGAGGAGACAGUCCUAAGGAUGAGUCCAAACCUCCAUACUCAUACGCUCAGCUGAUAGUCCAGGCCAUCUCGUCAGCACCGGACAGACAGCUAACACUAAGUGGCAUCUACGCUCACAUCACCAAGCAUUAUCCCUACUACAGGACAGCCGACAAAGGCUGGCAGAACUCCAUUAGACACAACCUGUCUCUGAACCGCUACUUUAUUAAAGUGCCGCGCUCACAGGAAGAGCCAGGCAAAGGUUCGUUCUGGCGUGUGGACCCCUCAUCGGAGUCCAAGUUGGUGGAACAGGCCUUUAGAAAGCGCCGGCAGAGAGGAGUGUCCUGCUUCCGUACACCCUUUGGCCCGCUGUCUUCGAGGAGCGCUCCAGCAUCUCCCACCCACUCCGGCCUGCUCUCUCCACACUCGAGCGGCCUCCAGACCCCCGAGUGUCUGUCACGCGAAGGAUCACCAGUGUCUCAUGAGCAUGACUUUGGUUCUAAGCUUGCUUCUGUGCCCGAGUACCGAUACUCCCAGAGUGCACCAGGCUCUCCAGUGAGCGCUCAGCCUGUAAUCAUGGCUGUGCCUCCUCAGUCCUCAGCCGCGAUGCCCAAGCCUGUGGCUUACAUGCCUGCCUCCAUCAUUAGCUCCUCCCAGGCCUCUGGUCAGGCCAUCCAUGUGGUGCAGCAGGCGCCAGCUGUCACCAUGGUCCGUGUAUUGACCACCUCGACCAGCUCCCCCAAUGGCUACAUCCUGGCUAACACCACCUCUUCAGGCUCUGGAGAGGGACAUGGAGAUCAGAGAGGUGCAGUGGAGGAGAUGCCUGUGGUUGGCAGUAGAGUGAUUCAGGCUGUAGGGAGUCACAUAAGCUCGAUCAAUAGAGGGCAGCAGAGCUACACUGUUGUCCAGCAGAGCGCCAUUCACCAGCUUCCUGUGCAGACCAUUGCUCAGAAUGGUAAACAUGCUCUUCCUGUGACCAGUGCUUACGCUCUUACCAAUCCUCUUCAGAUCUUGGCUGCGCAGGCUUCAACAUCCCCACCUGUGCUGGUCAACAGGCCCUCCGGCGUGAAGACCAACGAAUCCAGCAUCGACGAGCCCGAGCCUGAGCCCAAGCGGCCCAAAAUGGAGGAGGACAGUGUCGCUCCCGUCCCUCAGCCUGUAAUUGUUGCAAUGAACCAAGAGGCCAGCAAAUGAACGAGUGAGUGAGCGAGCGAGCGAGUGAGCCGACGACCGAUCUUUAAAGCACAUCUCGCAAUGUCGUUAAACAUGUUGAGGGAAACGUGUUUGGUUUUCUUUAAAACAAGAACUUUAAAGUUUUGUAAACUCCCGACAAGGGUAACUGUUCGAAUGUCUUUGUAAGAAAAGGUUGUUGUUUCAUGAGGGUAAAUUCAUUGAGCAGCAUUAAAAUUCAAUGCUCACACAGUUUUAAUUUUGUAGGGGUUUUUAAUCUUGUAAGAAUGUUUGAAAGAGGUCUGAAGAGUGGUACACGUGCUUAAAGACACCAGCUAGGCACGUGUGCCCAUGUAGUUCCUCACAAGGUACAGCUGAGAGAGAGUUCUUCUUUUUUCGGGAUGGGGUGGGACCAAUACCUAUGCAGCUAUUACAGUCUGAGACCGAGAGUGUCUCUGAAAUGAAGCAGUAUAUAAGAAGGGUCACGGGAAGCUGUGCGUCCCUGCAGUUACCUGUGCAGCCUUUGUGAGGAUUUAUUUAUCUCUCUGUUUAAAAGAAAAAAGGCUGUCUUUAUAAGAUGAAAUAAGAUUGUUACAACUCAAAGCAGAAAUGAAUAGAUAUAACAGAGGCCUUUUCUAGCUGGAGUCCUUUAACCUACAUUAUUAUAGUGUACAGUACAUUUUUCUGUGGAGGAUUCUUACCUUUCUUGCUUUAUACAAAGAGAAAUGUCUAGAAGAAUUCUAAUUUCAUGAUUGGUUUAUGUUUAGCGCAAAAAUUGAAAAGCACUCAAUGAAUGUACGACCCAUUUGUUUUGCCUCCUGACACCCACUUUUGACCUAAACAAUCUACUAAACCAUUAGAAUUUGUAUGUGGAUACAUUUUUGAUGUUUCGUGUAGCUCAGUCCAUCCCGAUUAGCAAUUCUGCUCCCUAAAUAUCUUGCGCAACAUCAACGGAUGAAUGCAAGCGCAUGAUACGUUGCUGAUGUCAACCAAAUGCUUUUCCAGACCUAGGAAUGUAACUGUUCAUAUUGAUUGUUUCUUCACUGACUUUCUGUGAGCACUUGAUCACAGAAGCCACUAAAUGAAUGUUCAGUAUUUUCAAGAAACGUAUCUCUCAGUGAUAAGCCUUUUAAUGAGACUAUUCUAGUUUUACUAAGAGAAGAGUAAAUAUAUAUUGUUAGAAUGAUUCAAAUGUGUUUUCAAGACAAUCACUAACAGGAUUCAGUUCAGUAACCGCUUUGUAAGUUGCAGGUUAUAGUGAAGUAGCUUUCCGUGAGCUACCGAUAGCUUCUUUGUAUGCUAGUGUAGUUGAACAGUGACAGCCGUACAGUGUUCCUUUUGUGAUAGAAAUCGAAAUAUUAACAGACCAAAUACAUAUCCUCAUCAUUAGUGCCUUAGUGCUCCACUUCUUUCAGGACUAAAUAAAAUAACAAUCAUUGUGAUCUACUACUUAAAGAUAAACCACAUCAAACUUACCUACUAAGAAGUUAAUUUGCAGGUUUAAAUGAACUCCUCUUGUAUGAAAAAAAAAAGUGUAAUAAUGUCUAGAAACUUGAGGUGAUUAAUCAUAUUGUGACUGGAAUUGACUGAGCAAUAUGAUAAAUGUGCACAGGUAAUUAAAUCAAGAUCUUUGUUCUUUUUUGACCAGUGAGGUUUUGCACCAUUUGCAAGCUUUUAUUGAUUGAGACCUUCUUAUAGCUCAGUAAACAGAAAAGUCUUUUGGUGGAUUUAAAGGAACAGUUCAGGCAAAAAUGAAAAUGUACAAACUCUCAGGCCAUCAAAGAUGUAGAUUUUUGUUGUUUGUUUCUUCAAUUGAACAGAUUUGGAGAAAUUUAGCAUUACAUCACUUGCUCAGCAAUGGUUCCUCUGUAGCCAGGAACCUGGGUGCCGUCAGAAUGAAAGCCUAAGCAAUUAAAGAAAAAUGUUUUUAUAAGCAGAUAUAAACAUCACAGCAUGCACAAGACUACAGACCAUCAAUUAAUGACUUGUGAAAAGCUGUGUUUGUAAAAAACUAAUUCAUUGAGACACUUUUAACUUCAGUCCUCUGUCGAUUAUAUGGCUUUCCCCAGAGAAAGUCAGAAAGUGAUGUAAUGCUACAUUCCUCAAAAUCUGUUCAGAUGAAGAAACAAACCAAGAAGAAAUCAUGGAUGGCCUGAGGGUGAGUACAUUUUACCAAAUUGUUAAUUUUUGAUUCAAUUGUUCCUUUGAAAGCUUUGAAAGAACAUCUGGAUUCAAGCGAUGCAGAUAUCAGUGCAGAAACGUAAAGAUUGAUCUUAAUUAGUCUGAUUGGGUAUGGCUCUUUGAUUCAUGUAUUCACAUGAGCUUCAAUAAAUGAGAGAAACACUAUUCCAUUUUGAAGUAUAUUUUUAUUUCAAAAUCAAGAACAAUAUUUGAUUUGCCUGACGAAUGAAACCAAUACAUAUGUACACGCUUUUUCUCUCUCUCUCUCUCUCUCUCUCUCUCUCUCUCUCUCUCUCUCUCUCCUGUUAGAUCAUAAUGGAGUAACCAGUAGAAUACAGAAACAAACAUUGUCAUUGUUAACACACUUAUCGUACAGAAUUAGCUGUCACUGCCUAAAUGUUUUUUUCAUAAUUGUAUUUUUCACAAUCUGUCACAGUGUCUGUACGCAUAUAUAACCAUGGAGUAUUUUUAUCACAAAGAUUCAAAGAUUUUUUUCUUUUUGUGCUUCUUGUGUUGUGCAUAUUAGCAUAUGCAAGUGUUUAUACACUAAACAUUUCUAAUUUAAACUGAUGUAGGGUUUUUUUCCCUCUUUUGAUUCUAGUUAAAAGAUAUAAUCUGUUUGCAUUGUACACAAAACACCCCACAAAUCAGUGAGAUCAUGCCAUGCAUCUGCGAAUGUCUCUAGGUUUGUCUGUUGUUGUUUUAAUGUGUAUUCAACUACACAAAGUGUAUGAGGACUUUUUCUUCUGUCUAUGCAUUUUAUGCAAUGGUGUAUCUGGAACAAAUAAACAUACUUCACUGGCUAAUCUUUUAAAUGAAUCGGUGAUGAUGGCAUUUUCUGUUUUGAUUCCACGUGGAUGAAGGUUUAAGCAUUGCUUCGAAUGUCUGCCCCUUCACCAUCAUUUUGUUUUCUUUUAUCAUUCAUGUAAUUUAUUUUCAAAGAUUUAAAUCUUACUGUCUUUAUUGUAUUCAGGGUACCUUGCUCAAUUUUUCACUAUUUGCCUCCACAUUGUAUUGCAUUAACACUCUUUAUAAACCUGUGCACCAAAACUGUGCAACUCUGUCCUGUCUUUGCCUGAGCAGAACUCAUGAAUAUGCUGGAUUGUUAACAGCAAACUAUUAAAAAGCUUGAACUACAAA